GCAAAGUAUACAGGUUGUGUGGUGGACUUGGAAUCACUUCCUUCCAUGCCUUUUCUUAACAUUGUGAAGACGCAGCAUGACAACAAGGCUUGGUAUUGGUUGCCAUGGAAGAAGGUGUUGAGCGAAAAGGUGGCUUCUGCGCUUAAAGAUAAGAAGCCUGCUCUCGGGCCCCUAGAAGUUUUAUGCGGGGCGAAUGUGGAGGAGCAGUUGGACCGUGAGUUGUCCAAUCAGCCUUUUCCUAUUUUGCAGUUGCUGACAGUGCGUGGGCAUGCGUAUGCCAUGGUUGGGAGCGGGCACUUAGGUAGCUGGACGCUUUACAACAACAGGUUCAUGAAAUUCUCUACUCAGGUGCCAGGACCCCACUUGCGUUUCUGCUCGGCCCAAGAAGCCGAAGAGGCAGACCAAGCUGCAAUGAGAGAAGUCUUCAACUUGUGCUAUGCAGGUUCGAGCAUUGAUGAUGCUUUACAUUCAAUUGCUGUUGACAGGGAUAUGCUCAGGUCUCUCUUGAUGCCUCGUCCAAAGUUGGAAAAGUUAAGCAGAGAGCCAUUGGCGCGGAAGCGCCCAACAGCACCGGCCACAGGUCCAUCAAAACGCUUACGCAAUGGAGAGUGUUUCAAGUGGCGCCUUGGUGAGUGCAAGCUGAAGAACUGCCGGUUCGCGCAUGCUUGUGCAGCGUGCGGAGCCACAGAUGCGCCGGCGCAAAUGGUCCAAGUACCAAGCGGUUUGCCACAUAGCCUGGAUGCUUGCGGAUUGUUGCGGCUGAAAGAUGGUGGUGGUAUAGAUUCAACUGCUGACUGGUAUCUUCCCAAGGGUGGAGAUUUGCUUGCGGAACUGCGGAGCCAAUUUUUGGAGUUGGUGUGUGAGUGGCAGCUACUACCACGCCUGCGCUCCCAUGUAGCGCAGGCUAGCCGGGAGCCUUUGCUGUGUGAAGAUGAAGUUCAGUGUGUGGGGCAACGCUUAGCGGACUUUCUGAUGAGCAAAGGCUUCGAAUUCCCUUGCAAGGUAGAGGUGCCGCCGGGUCAGCCACUAACUUUGGACCUGUGGCGUGCGCUUUUGCUGUUCUGCGACGACAUCGAUGUGAAAUUGCCUGGCAUUUUACGUGAGGGCGUGCCCACAGGCAUUUUGGAAGAUGUUUUACCUUCAGGGGUGUGGCGUGCAGUAGACAAACCUGUGCGCCCUGAAGGCGUGGAACUGGAGAUCUUAGAUGAGCCCUGGGGCUCAGCGUUGGAAGAUCCAGACUGCGUAAUGCGACUAGUGCAAGCAGAUGUGGAAGCCGGGUUUGCUGACUGGAUUCCUGGCGGUGUGGAGGAGGCCCGGCGCCUCUUUGGGGCCAAUUGUGCGGCCGGCAAGUUGGGCUUAGUCAAGAAAGCUGGCUCGGAGCCAAGGUUAGUGGGUGACAGCAGCAUCAGUUGCGCCAAUCAGCUAUCUCGCAUCCGGGAGAAGAUUGAGCUCCCAAAUUUGUUUGAUGUGGAGCAGUUUGUGUCGCGGUACCCCAGUGACAGGACACAGAGGUUGGCUUGCAUCGUGGUGAAAGUCAAACGCCAAACCCUUGCUGGAACGGCUGUGGAAGUGCGGGUUGCCACAAGUGGUGUGAGCUGGAAGGGCCUUGGAUCACCAUUUUGCCAAGAAGAGAAGAUGCUGUAUCAAUACGUUUGUCAUUUGCGGCAGUCUCAAGCAGGUCCAACAACACCCUCUCAAUUCCUGGAGGCUAUGAGGUUUUCUGACGCUUUGCUGGGCUUCACACAGGUGCGUUUGUCAGACAUGCUGAGUACUCGAGUUGUCGGAGCUGCUCAUGCCACAUACAUGACUAAGAGAGUGAGGAGACCUGCCGAAGUUUUGACUGUUGCCGAAGUUUCAGCCUUGGAAGACAUUUGUUUGAAUGACGCAGAGCUUCAUCGAAGGGUAAUCGCUGGGCACUUACUUUUCAGUUUUACUGCUGCAGCACGAUGGCAUGAUUCAAUGUUUGUGGUGUCACUGGACUUGUCGACUGCUGGCAGCAUAGUCCUCCUGGAGGCCCUGACAUCGAAACAUAAAUCGUCUCGAGGCAAAGAACAGCAGAUGGAAUUACUGCCUUUCACUGCCCUGGGAAAAGUGACUGAUGAAGGCAACUGGGGACAAAGCUGGAUGGAUGCACGACAGCGAUGCGAUGCAAGUGGCUGGAACAAUUUCUUGAACUCAUGGUCAGAAAGUGCUCAUUGCUGGGUUGAUUCUAGGAUGUCGACUGCUGAAGCUACAGGUUGGUUGAGAGAACUUUUGGAGCCUCUUACAGGUUCUACGCGGGCUAGGCUGCUUACAGUUCACGGCCUCAAGGCCACAAUUCUCAGCUGGGCAGCCAAGAGCACAUUGUUUUCAGCAGACGAACAACUGGCUUUGGGACACCAUGUAAGUGCACAGUAUCGUUCGGCCAUGAUCUACCCGAGGGACAACCAGAUCAGCCUUUGUAAAAAGUUGCAUGACAUGUUCACCAAGAUCAGAGAUGGCACUUUUGACCCUGAUGCAACUCGAGUCAGUCGCUUGUUUCAGCUGGCAUAUGCGACAAUGUUGGAAAGCAAUGGUGAUGAGAGCUCCAGCGAUUCGAGCUCUACGUCUGAUGCUUCAUCGGUGGCUUCCUCAGAGGGUGGGCACAACGUUGUGGCGCAGAGACCAGCGUACCAACGACUGGAGACUGACGAAGUGGAGCUGAGUUUGGCAGCUGAACUUGGAAUCGAGCAGGAUGACAUCGAGGCACUGGCAGAGAAAGGCAUAAACAGUUAUGCUACUUAUGCAUACUGCUGCACGUUUCAACCUGGUCAAACUGAUAACACUGCAUUGACUAACUUCUUGGGAACAGCCUUGGGUGCCGUUCCAAAUGCUGCUGCCGCAACCAGAUUUCGUAGGCUUUUCUUUGAAGCUCAUGCUUUGUCAUUGGAAGAUUUGAAGUCACGUGCAGACAGGGUUGAGUCCAGUGAGGCCAGAAUACUUCCUUUGGCUGAAAAGAUGGACCGCAUCAGACAACAGAAAGAACGGCUUGUAGGUUUGAGCUUCACUCCUCAAAGUGAACCCUCGCAUUCCUUGAUUGACCGUGUUUGCCAGCAGUUGGAGGACAAUGUUGUGACAUACGUUGAAUUGAACAGGUUGAAAAACUUGCUGAAGUUCAACAUGGGUCAACAGACUUUGUCACACCCACCGCUUGUGCCAGAGUACAAAACCUACGUCUUUUCUGACGUACCUGAGUCCAAUGAAGCUUACAAAUUGCUAGCUGCUCCUCCUCUAAAAGGGGCAGAAUCCACUGAGCAGCAGCAAAGCAGCGAAGAAGCGCCAAGCAAGAGGUCAAGAACAACUUUCAAAUAUGGUGUUUGGCAUACUCCGGAAGAGUUUCUGCAAAAGGCGUCUGAAGUCAGACAUCCCAUGGACCAUGACUUGAUGUUGCACCCACUCACCAAAGAGGCCAUCCACAAGGUGGUUCACACAUGCCCGACAAAGCUUGCCAAGGAGAGGCUUGCAGCAGUCUUCAAAAUGCGCAAAAUGUCAUCGGAUUUGUGCCAAAAGGAGGUCGAACUCAAAUCAAGCAUGCAUCCAGACGUAAGCCGUUGCGUCAAGACCAAGAACAUUCUCUUGUUUGAACAGCUCCUCAAGCACUUUGAGUUUUGGGAUAUGGAAGUGGUAAACUUGCUGAAACAUGGGGUCCCACUAGUUGGACUACAGCCUCCUCCGGAAGGGUACCAGAAGCUGCUGGUGCCUGCAAGCAUGACAGAAGAUGAGCUGCUACAGACGGCCAUGUGGAGGAGGCAAAGCAUAAUGCAGGGCGCUCGACAGCUUACAACAACUGAAGAGACGGCCUUGCUGGAAGCACACAAGCGGAUUCGGGUGCAUCCUUCAGAUCAAGGUUUUUCUCUGUUCUGCGCAGUGGAUUCAGCAGGGCAGAACCACUGGCUCGUUUACAGAACGUGCCACUUCGGGGCAGCCCGGUCGGCAUACUGGUGGUCAAGAGCGGGUGCAGCCUAUGUGAGAUGCGUGCACCGGCUCCUUCAUGGGGGCCAUUUUCUGGCGAUGUAUGUUGAUGACUUGCUGGCAUUGUUUAAGCAGACUGAUGCGCCGUUGCAAGCCUCCCUCUGCAUAAUGUUGGCCUGUGCCUUGGGGGUGCCUCUUUCCUGGCAUAAGCUACUGUUAAGCACGGAUCUGAAUUGGAUUGGAUGGCGCCUCUGUUUUACAAAUGAACCGUGUGCUUCGCUGCCGGGUGACAAGCGUGUCAGGAUUGGUGUUGCUUUGCGUGCGCUGGUGCAAGAGGGGAACAGUGUGUGUUGGCGAGAGUUGAGGCAGUUGCUGGGAAUGCUGUGUUGGUUCACCACAGGCGCGCGGUGGCUGCGACCUUGGCUAAGCGAACUUUUUCAUCUCCUGUUCAAACAGCAGUUGCGGUUUCAAAAACUUGAUGCGGCCCAAGUGCAUGAACUUGCCGGAGUCUUGUCUGAUAGCAUGCGUGUUUUGGCGAAAUGCCGCUUGGCCGACAUCCUGCCAGGUUGGCAGUUGUUGAGUGUUGGCAGCCGUGAGGUGGCCACCAAGCAUGAGCUCCUCGGCUUGCCACACCGCAGUGGAUGGUGGUGGGUCAAGUUUGGCGACUCAGAAAGUGCCAAAGUAAAGGUAAGCAAAGCAGAAGCUGCAGUGGCAAGGUUCAUCACACAGGUAGUUAACGAGUGUGUGCCAGUGCCCUUGGUUGUUAGCAACGCCACUGGGAUUGCCGCUGCUGAUGCGUUUGCUGAAGGCAAAACAGCGGAUUUGGGAGGCUGGUGGCUUCCAGCUGGUGCGCCAUUGCGGCCAGAGUGUGUACAGUAUUUCUCUGUCCGCAUCACGUGGGAUGAUUUGCCGGACUGGUUCAGACCGGCUUCUGGUGAUUUGCAGAGUUGCAUUGCGGCAUUGGAAGCGUUAGCCCAGUUGCUGUUGCUGGCAUGUCGCGUGGAGGCGCAGGAAGUGUCCCAGCAUCAGGUUGGCUGGCUGGCAAUACGCCAAAUGUGUGACAACCUGGGUGUGGUUGGCGCAUCGGCAAAGAAGCUUUCACUGAAGCGACCAUUGGCUGCGGUGCUACAAUCUUGUGCCUUGUUUUGUUCAAGCAAGCGGCUCACUUUGCGAUCGUCGCAUGUUGCGGGGGAACGCAACGAGUGGGCAGACAUGCUGUCGCGAGGAGCAGACAGAUUCAAUGACUUUUGGCAGAAGCUGUCGCCGCAGCAAAGGUGCUUCCCCAAGUGGAAAGAGCUAUUAGCACUUGGGCAGGUGUAA